AUGCUGCGCCUCCGCCUCCUUCCCAUUGCAGCAGGGCUGUCCGCCGUCUCCCGGCGCUACCAUGGGACAACGCGUCACCCCGGGGCCAGGCGGAGGCUCGUGGUGGCAGCUUUCCUGGGGACAACGGCAGUGACGGCGAGCGCUAGGUUCCUGUGGCAGAGGGCCUAUGCGGAAGACUCCUCUGUAAAGCACAGCCCAAGGGCAGAAGCGGGCGAGAAGGUGAAGCAUGAGGAAGAGGAGAGCAGCAGGAAGGCUGUAGCCGCAGGCGGCGAGGAGGCGCAGCCAGAAGGCAAGAAGAAGAAGCGCUCGGGCUUCAGGGACCGCAAGGUGAUGGAAUAUGAGAACAGGAUCAGAGCCUACUCCACGCCAGACAAAAUCUUCAGAUACUUUGCAACUUUGAAAGUAAUAAAUGAGCACGGCGAGUCAGAGGUUUUCAUGACGCCGCAGGAUUUUGUGCGAUCGAUCACCCCUAAUGAAAAACAACCCGAACACCUGGGCCUGGACCAGUUUAUUGUGAAACGCUACGAUGGAAAGACAGAGAAACUGUCCCAGGAGCGGGAGAAGUUUGCUGAUGAAGACAGCAUUUUCUACGCGCUCGGAGAAUGCGGGCUCAUUUCUUUUUCCGACUACAUUUUCCUCACUACGGUCCUUUCCACUCCCCAGCGGAAUUUCGAAAUAGCCUUCAAGAUGUUUGAUCUGAACGGAGACGGUGAAGUGGACAUGGAAGAGUUUGAGCAGGUGCAGAGCAUCAUUCGCUCCCAAACGAGCAUGGGCAUGCGCCACAGGGACCGCUCCACGACCGGCAACACGCUCAAGAGCGGCUUCAACUCGGCGCUCACCACGUACUUCUUCGGCGCUGACCUCAAGGGCAAGCUCACCAUCUCCCACUUCCUGGACUUCCAGCGCAAGCUUCAGCACGACAUCCUCAAGCUCGAGUUCGAGCGGCACGAGCCGGUGGAGGGGCGCAUCACGGAGCGCCAGUUCGGCAGCAUGCUGCUGGCCUACAGCGGCGUGCAGUCCAAGAAGCUCACCGUCAUGCUCAAGCAGCUCAGGAAGCACUUCCAGGACGGAGAGGGGCUCACAUUUGAGGAGGUGGAGAACUUCUUCACGUUUCUGAAGAACAUCAACGACGUGGACACGGCCCUGAGCUUUUACCACAUGGCUGGAGCUUCACUCGAUAAAGUGACGAUGCAGCAGGUGGCCCGCACGGUGGCCAAGGUGGAGCUCUCGGACCACGUGUGCGACGUGGUGUUUGCCCUCUUUGACUGCGAUGGCAACGGAGAGCUGAGCAACAAGGAGUUUGUGGCCAUCAUGAAGCAGCGGCUCAUGCGAGGCUUGGAGAAGCCCAAAGACAUGGGCUUCACGCGGCUCAUGAGGGCCAUGUGGAAGUGUGCCCAGGAGACCGCCUGGGACUUCACCGUGCCCAAGCCGUAGCCGGAGGGCCCGGAGCGCCCGCAUCCGU